UGUCGCAUAGGUAUUCGUAAGGUACUGUACGUUUUGGGCGGGAUUGAAAGGGCAAAGGAAGGAUUUUCCGAGAAAAUUUCUGCCGCUCAUCGUUUAGGCGGGCACUACUAACUUUACCUGUACGUUAGCGUACAUACCGCCUGCAAAGCAUCGAUGCUCCCCCUUGUCGCAACCGGCCGGCGUGUCAUCCAUAAUAACCUCAGCAAUCCCGGCCCUAUUCCAGUGUGGUUGUCCGUACUUGGCGGGCAGAUAUUCGCUGACGGGCAGCCUCGGCUGGCCUGUAGGCGGCAGCUUCAGUCGCAAAGACGGCCAGGGACUGCCGUUCACAUGCGGCACGUAACGUGGGUGGCUGGGCAUAUGUUCCCAGCGAACCGGGCCGAAACAAGAUCCAGGGUUGCAGAACCCGUGGACCUCUGUAUGGGACGAUCGUAGAACGGCCCGUUGCGGAGGUAACGUUGUGUCGCCGCGGCCGCGGCUUCUUUAGGCGUCAGGGAAGAAAUGAGGCUUCGGAAACCCCCUGCAUCGCGCAGCAUGAUGAAAU